AUUUGGAGGGGUCAUCCCCCGUCCAAACCUGGAUGGGGGAUGACAGGCGGAUUUUUUUUUUUUAGUGACCAGCAACCAUGCAUCGAACCUCCCCCCUCUUCGAUCAUGUACCAGGCAAACUUUGACACCAACUUUGAGGACAGAAAUGCUUUUGUGACCGGCAUCGCCCGCUACAUAGAGCAGGCCACAGUCCACUCCAGCAUGAAUGAAAUGCUGGAGGAAGGACACGAGUAUGCUGUGAUGCUUUACACAUGGAGGAGCUGCUCCAGAGCCAUUCCACAGGUGAAAUGCAACGAGCAGCCCAACAGGGUGGAGAUCUAUGAGAAGACAGUGGAGGUGCUGGAGCCUGAAGUGACCAAGCUCAUGAAGUUCAUGUACUUCCAGCGUAAGGCCAUAGAACGUUUCUGCAGUGAGGUGAAGCGUCUGUGCCACGCUGAGAGGAGGAAAGAUUUUGUGUCCGAGGCCUACCUGCUCACGCUCGGCAAAUUCAUCAACAUGUUUGCCGUUCUGGACGAGCUGAAGAACAUGAAGUGUAGCGUGAAGAACGACCACUCUGCUUACAAAAGAGCAGCUCAGUUCCUGAGGAAGAUGGCCGACCCUCAGUCCAUCCAGGAGUCCCAAAACCUCUCCAUGUUCCUAGCCAACCACAACAGGAUUACUCAGUGCCUGCACCAACAGCUGGAGGUGAUUCCGGGCUACGAGGAGCUUUUGGCAGACAUCGUCAACAUCUGUGUAGACUAUUAUGAGAACAAAAUGUAUCUGACGCCCAGUGAGAAACACAUGCUGCUUAAGGUUAUGGGCUUUGGAUUGUACCUGAUGGAUGGGAAUGUGAGUAAUAUCUACAAACUGGACGCCAAGAAGCGGAUCAACCUGAGCAAGAUUGACAAAUUCUUUAAACUGCAGGUUGUGCCUUUAUUUGGAGACAUGCAGAUCGAGUUAUCUCGCUAUAUUGAAACAAGUGCUCACUACGAAGAAAACAAGUCUAGGUGGACGUGCACCCAGAGCAGCAUCUCGCCACAGUACAACCUGUGCGAGCAGAUGGUGCAGAUCAGGGACGACCACAUCCGCUUCAUCUCGGAACUGGCGCGCUACAGCAACAACGAGGUGGUGACAGGCUCGGGCCUGGACAGCCAGAAGUCCGACGAUGAGUACCGGGAGCUGUUCGACCUGUCUUUGAGGGGUCUGCAGCUGCUGUCCAAGUGGAGCACACACGUCAUGGAAGUUUACUCUUGGAAGCUGGUGCAUCCCACGGAUAAAUUCUGCAACAAAGACUGCCCAGGAACGGCGGAGGAGUAUGAGCGCGCCAUGCGCUACAACUACACCAGCGAGGAGACGUUUGCCCUGGUGGAGGUCAUCGCCAUGAUCAAAGGGCUGCAGGUUCUGAUGGGUCGGAUGGAGUCGGUGUUUAACCAGGCCAUAAGGAACACAAUCUAUGCAGCUCUGCAGGACUUUGCCCAGGUGACCCUCAGGGAGCCUCUACACCAGGCUGUACGCAAGAAGAAGAAUGUCCUCAUUAGUGUUCUUCAGGCCAUUCGGAAGACUGUCUGUGAUUGGGAAGGCGGAAGAGAGCCUCCAAAUGACCCCUGCCUGAGGGGGGAGAAGGACCCGAAGGGCGGCUUUGACAUUAAGGUGCCUCGACGAGCCGUGGGACCCUCCAGCACACAGCUGUACAUGGUACGCACCAUGCUGGAGUCACUGAUCGCAGAUAAAAGUGGAUCUAAGAAGACUCUCCGCAGCAGCCUUGAUGGACCCAUCGUGGUAGCUAUAGAAGACUUCCAUAAGCAAUCCUUCUUCUUCACACACUUGCUCAACUUCAGUGAGGCCCUGCAGCAGUGCUGUGACCCGUCCCAGCUGUGGUUUAGAGAGUUCUUCCUGGAGCUAACCAUGGGUCGCAGAAUCCAGUUCCCCAUUGAGAUGUCCAUGCCCUGGAUCUUGACCGACCAUAUCCUGGAGACCAAAGAGCCUUCCAUGAUGGAAUACGUCCUGUACCCUCUAGACUUGUAUAACGACAGCGGCUAUUACGCCCUCACCAAGUUCAAAAAACAGUUUCUGUAUGAUGAAAUUGAAGCCGAGGUAAACCUCUGCUUUGAUCAGUUUGUUUACAAGUUGGCAGAUCAGAUUUUUGCCUACUACAAAGCAAUGGCUGGAAGCGUCCUGCUAGACAAGCGCUUCAGAGCAGAGUGUAAAAACUACGGCGUCAUCAUCCCGUAUCCUCCGUCGAACCGUUAUGAGACGCUGCUCAAACAGAGACACGUACAGCUACUGGGUCGAUCAAUUGACCUGAACCGUCUGAUCACUCAGAGGAUCUCUGCAGCGAUGUACAAGUCUCUGGACCACGCCAUCAGUCGCUUUGAGAGUGAGGAUCUCACCUCCAUUGUGGAGUUGGAGUGGCUGCUGGAAAUCAACAGACUAACCCACCGACUCCUGUCCAAACACCUGACUCUGGACAGCUUUGACGCCAUGUUCCGCGAGGCCAACCACAACGUCUCCGCUUCCUACGGACGAAUCACGCUGCACGUUUUCUGGGAGCUCAACUUUGACUUCCUCCCAAACUACUGCUACAACGGAUCCACCAACCGCUUUGUACGCAGAGCUAUUCCCUUCACCCAGGAGCCUCAAAGAGAUAAGCCAGCCAACGUGCAGCCUUACUACCUGUAUGGGUCCAAGCCUUUGAACAUCGCCUACUCUCACAUAUACAGCUCCUACAGAAACUUUGUUGGCCCGCCUCACUUCAAGACCAUCUGCCGCCUCCUCGGUUACCAAGGCAUCGCUGUGGUGAUGGAGGAGCUGCUUAAGAUUGUCAAGAGUCUGCUGCAGGGCACCAUACUGCAGUAUGUAAAAACUCUGACAGAAGUGAUGCCCAAGAUCUGCCGUUUACCGCGCCACGAGUACGGCUCCCCAGGAAUCUUGGAGUUCUUCCAUCACCAGCUCAAGGAUAUCAUUGAGUAUGCUGAGCUGAAGACAGAUGUCUUCCAGAGUUUAAGGGAGGUGGGGAAUGCCAUCCUCUUCUGCCUGCUCAUCGAGCAAGCUCUUUCCCAGGAGGAAGUGUGUGACCUGCUUCAUGCUGCCCCCUUCCAGAACAUCCUACCCAGAGUCUACAUCAAAGAGGGGGAGCGACUGGAGGUGAGGAUGAAGAGGCUGGAAGCAAAAUACGCCCCUCUCCACCUCGUGCCUCUAAUCGAGAGGUUAGGAACCCCACAACAAAUUGCCAUUGCACGGGAGGGUGACCUUCUGACCAAAGAGCAUCUCUGCUGUGGCCUUUCCAUGUUCGAGGUGAUUCUGACGCGCAUUCGCAGCUUCCUGCAGGAUGGGGUGUGGCGUGGACCUCCGCCCACCAACGGGGUGAUGCACGUUGACGAGUGUAUGGAGUUCCAUCGCCUGUGGAGCGCCAUGCAGUUUGUUUACUGCAUCCCUGUCGGGACGCACGAGUUCACAGCAGAGCAGUGCUUUGGAGAUGGGCUGAACUGGGCCGGCUGCGCCAUCAUCGUGCUGCUCGGACAGCAGCGUCGCUUCGACCUCUUUGACUUCUGCUACCACUUACUCAAAGUCCAGCGGCAGGAUGGCAAGGACGAGAUCAUCAAGAAUGUGCCCCUGAAGAAGAUGGCCGACCGCAUCAGGAAGUACCAGAUCCUUAACAACGAGAUCUUUGCCAUCCUCAACAAGUACAUGAAGGCAGUGGAGACGGACAGUUCCACCGUGGAGCAUGUCCGCUGUUUCCAGCCUCCUAUACACCAGUCCUUGGCCACUACCUGUUGAAACCAGGCCUUGAUAAAUAGUACACACACACACACACACACACACACACACACACACACACACACACACACACACACACACACACACACACACACACACAAACACUUCCCCCCUUAGCUGCGAUGCUAAUCUCUGCCUCUUUCUGGUCUUCAGCUCCAGACCAGCUUUAAGAAUCCAAAUCCUCUCAAACUGUUUCCUUUGUUCUAAAAUAUAUUUGGACUCUUCAAGGAUGGUAGAAGGUUUAUUCACAUGUUUUAUUUGAAUUUUUAGUCCUCUCACUCAGAUUCAUGCAUGCCUUCUUCUGAUACUUCAGCUGCUCGGACCACUGGCACACAAGACCAAAAUAAAUCUCUGUCCUAGAAACUCGACAUCCUGUCGACCUCAAUUUAAAACUACAGCCUACAUAAAUAAACAAAAACAUUAAUUAGAUUAGUCAAGUUUUAAAAUGGUGGUAUUUGGGGCUAAACACAACUGAUUGGCUCAUCUGAAGACAUUUACAUGCUCCAACAUUUAAAUCACCCACAUCUGUUUUUCCAGACCUCAACUGGUUUCAGUCUCCAUCCCAUAAUAAUAUGCUAUUAACGGUACACAGCAUCUCAUGUUCAACUGCCUUUCUGGAGUUUGUUUAAUUUAUUUUAAUAAAACCUGAUCUCUUUUUUUUUUUGCCUCCUUACACAUUUUUAUACCAGUUUCACUGUAAAAAAAUUCCCCGUGGAACAAGGUGAAGUGUUGACUGUCGUAACUGUUCUUGUUUUUAAUGAACUCUUAUUUUAGUUGGUCCUCUCCAGACUUGCCUCUCUGCUAUUAACUGGAAACCUCAACAGUUUUUGUCUCUUCUUUUUGUUAGCUUGAAAGAUUUUUAUAUUGCAAUGUUAUUUAACAGUUUUUAGAAAACUUUCAUUUGAAUAAAUGUGUUUGCUUUUUCUUUUUCUUUUUUUUUAAGAAACAACACAGAAGAAGUAAGAUGAGAAAAUACCUCUAGGCUGUGUGUGAGUGGAUGAGCAUAUGUAAGAAAUUCUCACCAUAAAGGAAAACUAAAUAACUAAAUAUGAAUUGCAGAGCAGUUUCCUAAAUAUAGUCAGUAUUUACUGUUGUGGGACUCUUGGUUUAGCUUUAGUAGUGUUAUCAAAUAUGCAAAUUCUCCCCCUCUUCUUGGUCUCUAUAUGAAUAAAAAUGAAAGAAUUAUAAAGAAGCAACUCUUCCAAAACAGCCUCAGCAUUUUGUUUCUGCUCUGUUUCGAAGGACGAACGUUUCUUUUGUAAAAUUCAGUGUCUUUUUAUCAUAUUUAUUCCGAUCCAAGUUAUUGUUCAUUUGCAGGUUAAUGUAGUGAAAAUGAAGGUACAAAUGUAAUAUUUCUGAAACCUUAGCAUGGCAGAUGUAAUUUAUUGUCAUCAGUGGCUCCAUUUGUGACAUGAGGCUUUGUUUAUGAUUAUGGUUGUACAAGUGAUGAUGUUUUGAAGUUUAAAAAAAGACUAAAAAAAUAUGAAAUGUACAACAAUGGUCCUGCAAAGGAUUUAAAAUUAUGUUGUAUUUCCAUGAAAUAAAGAAAAAUGUUUAACUUAAAUGAAA